ACGGGCGUUACACAAAAAAACAUCGCAUCUGGGCGGCAACGGGGCUACGACUACGGCUACAGCUAUUGUGGCGUGACUGAUAACAAACCAAAAAAAGAUGGCUCCUCGUUCGUUGCGAGUGGGAAAAAAAACAAAAAGAAGCCAUUCACAAGGACAAGGGUGGAGGUUCCAUGUACAGCUACAACACCACCAGCCAGACGCUACAAAGAGAGUACCUACAUACAUUCAGCGAGUAAUAUGCAAGGUGGGCAUGCAGGGUCGCAACACGUGGAUUUGGGUUACCCAACGGUAUGGCUGCAACAAGCGAGUCAGGCUAUCCUCCAUAUUAUGUACAUCGAAAAACGCAAAUAAAUGAAGAGAAGCGAACGAGCGGUCCGCCUAA